AUUUGUCAACCACUCUCUCUUCCCCCCUCAUCUCCUCUUCCCCACUCAUUCCUUCCUUCUCCCCUCCCACUCUCUCUUUCUCUUUAUCUUCAUCUUCCUCCCUCUUCCCUUCAAUUAAUCAUGAACCAAGCCGUCGAAGAUUCUUACAACGCCAGUCUAGUUCUUCAGCUAGCUUGCGGUGCCGGCUCGACCGGUGUUGUCUCAACCGGACACCGACGAUGCCGAAGGCGAGAUUUUUCGAAGAAAUCAGAGCCAUCAAUACAGAUUCCGAUGCUCUCCGGCCCAUCUCUGACCCUUGGAAUCUCUGACUCAGUCUACAGCCAAUCAUUCGCCGAGGCUUCUCUCUCCACCUCCUUCUUGAACGUGAAGAAGGAGGCCGAAGCCAGAAGCGAAGAAACUGAGAAGUUCUCGCCGAGAGGUAGUGAUGAAGAAGAUGAAGGAAGCUGUAGGAAGAAGCUGAGACUUUCUAAAGAGCAGUCUGCUCUUUUAGAGGAGAAGUUCAGAGAGCACAGCACACUUAAUCCGAAGCAAAAGCUAACGUUGGCGAAGCAAUUGAAUCUAAGGCCACGACAGGUGGAGGUGUGGUUUCAGAACAGGAGAGCAAGAACAAAGCUGAAGCAAACUGAAGUGGACUGCGAGUUUCUCCGGCGAUACUGUGAAGCCUUGACAGAGGAGAACAUAAAGCUAAAAAGAGAGCUGCAGGAGCAGAAGGCUCUGAACCUGACGUCGGCAGCGGUGGCGCCGAUGUAUAUGAAACUACCGGCGGUGACAUAUACCAUCUGCCCUUCUUGUGAGAGGGUCACCGGUCCCGGCGGCGAUGGGACUAAAACUAUAUCUUUUACGGCGGCGGCGACGGCUAUGGUGGCUAAGAAGACGCUGUUCUUGAACCCUUUCAGCCAUUCAGCUACCUGCUAGCUGACGAAUAUCAGGGGAAUAAAUUACAAUUAUUAGUAGCUUGAACACAUUAAUAGAAAUUCAUAGCUUGUUUUUUUUUUAAAAGCUAGGGUUGUGGGCAGCUUUUUUAGGCGAGCUUAGCUGAAAAAAUUCUUGUAUUUUUCAUCAGUAUAUAUUUUGUUUGAUAUUAUUACUUGGUCUUGAUAUUAAUUAA